ACAACUAGACACAAUAUUAAAUUGUCGUCAGUCGUCUCCAACUAAAAUCGUGAUUUAUAAAUUAUUGCUAUUAAAUAUAUAUAUAUAUAUACAUAUGUACAUAAUAUAUGUAUGUAUGUAUGUAUGUAUAUAUGUUAUAAAAUUCUUAGGAGGACCUAGUACACAGUGUAUAGGAACUAGGAUUCAGUAAUAAAAAAAUAGUAGAGAAGAACGUACGGCCGUACGAGGCGUGAUAUAACGGGGCUUCUCUCUCUCUCUCUCUUUCUUAUUCUGAUAUAUACUUGUCCUUUAUCUUUCUCACUCUUAUUUUCUCUUGGUAAUUCUUACUCUUUCUCUCCGGGACUCCGGCAUCCGGACGGGCGCGUAGCCGGUCCCGGCUAUCGAAUUCUCACCGAGUGAAUAAAAAAAAAAUAAUAUUAAAUAAAAAAAAGGUGAACGACGGGGCGUGUGCGUGUACCGUACGUGUAUUAUGUAUAUGUGUGUACAUAUAAAUACAUAACAUAUAGAUAAAUACAUAUAUACAUACAUAUAUAUAUAUAUAUAUAUAUACCUGUAUAUAUAUUUAUACAUAUUAUACUUGGCCUUUUUUUUUUCUACGCGUGGUACAAUAAAACACGCUAUUAAACGUACGGUUUUCCGCGUCUACGUCGCCGUGGCCAUUAAUUAAUAUUCGGUAAAGACUGUUCAGUAAACGAGAGCGUGUUCUUACGGAAGUGCGUGGUAGCAACACUUGCAGUCAUCCAUUUGAUAGAUUAUUAAUAAUAACAAGUAACAAGAUAAAAAAAAUAUUUAAUUAAACGAUAAUUUAAUUGAGUACCUUAUACUUUUUAUUAGAUGGAACGCGUGGUCACGAGGUAACCUCUCUUGUGACAUAAAAACACUCAGUAAACGCACGUGAGAUAAAAUAAAAAGCAAGAAAAAUAAUUGAAUUCUUAAGACGGUCUAUUUUUUGAAGACUCGUGUGUUGGCGACAACGCCUCGCUCAUCAUCGUCAUCGUCAUCGUCAUCACCGUGGACUAAUUUAUCAGUCAUUGAAAACAACUUUUUAUUCCCAGCAGACACUUGUGAAAAAAUAACAGAUCGACUGGUGAAAACUUCUAGCACAAUACCUGGAACCUGUCAGAGACAUUUUCCUGUGACAUUAUUAUUAUUAUUUGAAUAAUAAUAAAAUUACUGCUGGUGUGUAUGAUAAAUAGAGUAUAAUUUAAAUUGAGGAAUGCAGCCACCGGCUCAUCAGGGUGGUCCUUGUUAUUGUAAAGUAUAGCCGCCACGAUCUCAGCCAAAGAUACGGAUUCGAGGCACGAGCGUGACGCCGGUGAUUUAAAUAAUCCAUCCAGCAUCCGCAGUGCCUCAAAUCUAACAACCAACAUGUCAUCUGGGACGUUUGUUGAUCGGAUAGAUCCAUUUGCCAAGCGAUCCCUUAAAAAGAAGUCGAAAAAAUCACAAGGCUCCUCGCGAUAUCGCAAUUCGCAGGACGUCGAGCUUCAGCAGCUACCUCAGCUUAAAGAUGUUACUCCGUCGGAACAGGAAGACUUGUUCAUUAGAAAACUACAGCAAUGUUGCGUUGCCUUCGACUUUAUGGACCCCGUUGCAGAUCUCAAGGGUAAGGAAAUCAAGCGCAGCACCCUCAAUGAACUGGUCGAGUACAUCACAGCAGGACGUGGAGUUCUUACUGAACCCGUUUACCCCGAGAUCAUCAAGAUGAUUUCGGCAAAUUUAUUUCGAACGUUGCCACCGAGUGAAAAUCCAGACUUUGAUCCUGAAGAGGAUGAUCCAACAUUAGAAGCAAGCUGGCCCCAUUUACAACUGGUCUAUGAAUUCUUUUUACGUUUUCUCGAGUCAUCGGAUUUUCAGCCGGCGAUUGGAAAAAAAGUUAUUGACCAAAAAUUCGUGUUACAACUGCUAGAAUUGUUUGACUCAGAAGACCCAAGAGAAAGAGAUUUUUUGAAAACAGUUUUGCAUCGCAUAUACGGUAAAUUUCUCGGCCUGCGAGCUUUCAUACGCAAACAGAUUAAUAACAUUUUCCUGAGGUUUGUGUACGAGACAGAGCACUUUAAUGGCGUUGGAGAGUUACUGGAAAUUUUAGGCAGCAUUAUCAACGGAUUCGCACUCCCGCUGAAAGUCGAACAUAAGCAAUUUUUAGUCAAGGUGCUAUUACCACUGCAUAAAGUUAAAUGUUUAUCGCUAUACCACGCGCAACUUGCGUACUGCGUGGUGCAAUUUCUUGAAAAAGAUGCAUCACUAACGGAACCAGUAGUACGAGGGCUUCUUAAAUUCUGGCCUAAGACUUGCAGCCAGAAGGAGGUGAUGUUUCUCGGCGAGAUUGAAGAGAUACUUGAUGUUAUAGAACCUAGCCAAUUUGUUAAAAUACAAGAGCCUUUGUUCAGGCAAAUAGCGCGCUGUGUUUCGUCGCCGCACUUUCAGGUCGCCGAGAGGGCAUUGUAUUUCUGGAACAAUGAAUACAUUAUGUCGCUGAUUGAAGAAAACAAUCAUGUAAUAAUGGGAAUAAUGUUUCCGGCGCUGUACAGGAUCAGCAAGGAGCACUGGAACCAGACGAUUGUUGCUCUUGUUUAUAAUGUUCUUAAAACUUUUAUGGAAAUGAACAGCAAGCUUUUUGAUGAACUAACUGCCAGUUAUAAAUCCGAGAGGCAAAAAGAAAAGAAACGAGAAAAAGAGAGAGAUGAAUUAUGGAAAAAGUUGAAUGAAUUAGAGAUUGAACGACGCGGAACACUUACGGCAACAUCAAACACUCCAGUUCCUGCCACUCCUGCAUCUGCGACACGAGCUCGUCCCUGAGCUGGUAAAAAUUAAAUACCACGCUGCCCAAUUGUUAGUCCUUAGUUUACAUCAAAUUUUCCGUAUACAAGCUGAAAAUAAAAAUUGUCAUUGUUAGUGAAAAAAAAAAUAAUAAAAAAAAAAAAAUAAAAUAAAAAAAAAGAAACAAAAAAAAUAAUAAAAAAAGAAAAAAAAAAAUUAAACAUAAGUAUAUCGAGCAGUGACGAUACUAACGUGAAGUAUAAAAUAUUCCUCUUGUUAAUUACGCCCGAACAGCUGCAGGGCUAGAAUUUAAAAAAAAACCGCCGGCUAUCAGCAAAGAAGAAAAUAAUAAAAUACUACAAUCGUACUCUUGACACCCAGGACUAUUAAAGUAAUCAGUGCGGGACGAUAAAAAAAAAAUUAAAUUAAUAAAAAAAAAAAAGAAUGAAAGAAAUCUAGUGACUUUGUUCACUUAAGGUCAUAUUAGAGGCCUUGACUAAUUUCUGAUAAUUUUAUUGUGUAUAUUAAUUUUUAUUAAUUUUGACGGCAAUGAAUUAUGUUGUAUGGUGUAUAAUCAGUGUCAGCACGUAAACAAAAAGAAAAAAAAAAUAUUAAUAAAAUAUGAGAAUGUUUAGUCCCUUCUUAAUAAAGCUCGCUUGUACUUUGUUGAAGGAGACGAUUCAAAUGAGAAUAAAUAAUAUUAUUAUUAUAUUAAGUGUACGAUUGAUGAUACAUAUAAAUUUUACAAUUAUUAAUUAAUUAAUAUUAUUAUUAAUUAUAAAUAUUAAUUUAAGAUGUGAAACUUUUUCAUUUUCGCGUCUAAAAAAAAAUAAUAAAAAACGGAGAAAUAAUUUUUAUUAACUCUCUGUUGGAACUGAAAAGAUUUACAUCUCAUAUGAAUCCUCGUCGUCAACAAUUGACAGGAGGGGCGUUGUUUGAAAUGUAUCAUAUAUACGUAUUAAUGAUGAUUGAUGAUGAUAACUAUAACAACAACAUAAUUAAUUAAUUAAAUAAUUAAUUAAUUAGGUAAAUAUAUAAAUAAAUAAAUAUAUAUAAAUAUAAAUAUACAUUAUUAUAAAAAAUAAAUAAUAACAAUAAAGUAUAGUACUAUUGAUGA